AUGGCGUCCUCCGAGGACACUUCUUCCAUCUCUGCCUCUGUUCCUGACCCUCCUUCUGUUCCUACAUCUGCCUAUCCCUCUACCGAUGACGACUACCCCCGCUCUCUUGUCCGUCUCCCUGCCGAAAUCACAGACAAGAUUCUCGCUCAGCUGGAUCUCUCCGAUCUCUUCAGUGUUGCCAGGGUCUGCCGCUCGCUCCACGAGCAGGCGGCCCCUCGCCUGUAUCGGGCUAUCUCCCACACCUUCUACCCGAGCAGUGCCAUGGAUGACUUGUUUUCCUGGCAGCGCUUCACCUCCUUGAUGGGGCAGCUGCUGACCAGCACACAUGACUACGCCCAGUAUGUCAGGGAGAUUACUAUCAGCAGUAUCGACGGCUCCGACGUGCUCGGAAGUCCGCUCUACGCCUCCAGGUCUCCGAUCACCUCUCCCGGACGUCAAGAGACCUUGAAUUACUAUCUAGUCCAGUUGCUCGAGAAAGCGGUCAAUCUGGCCAUUUUUAGAUGGGACCUGAACAUCGAACUCUCUCCGUCCCUGCUCCUCGCCCUGGAGCGCCUGAACAACUUGCAGUCCUUGCAUGUUCGACUGACCUCUGGCCCCAUGUCUUGGCGUGCCUAUGCAACCUCCUUCUCUGAAGUCCUGGAGUACACGCAAACAAACGCCAACAUGGUCCCCUCGGCCAGCCGCGUCCUUCCUCUCAUGUCGGGCCUCAAGACAUUGACCAUUCUCGACAUCCCGUCGUUGGACUGCAUCCCCGAGGUUGCCAAAUGCAUCUCAUCCUCAUCGUCCACCCUCAAGACCCUCCAACUGUCGUUUGCUGACAUCCUCGCUCUCAAGAAGUCGAGCUUCCUCCCGCCUCUUCCAAACGCCGCCCACCACAACGACGAUCAGAGCCUUGACUUCAACGACAUCUUUGGGCCUUAUUCAGACGAUGACGAGAACGAGGAGGAGCAACCGAUUUUCCCCGAAGAGCUGCGCCCCACUCCAGGCAUGCUGCACCAAAUCGCAGUCCAGGAAGAAGCGUCGGCCUUUCUUUUCGACGUUGGGCUUUCGGUGCCAACAGACCACAAGAGUGUCCCUCACUCAAACUCCACCCUGACCGUUCACGACCCGGGACCAUCAAGCUCUACCCGUGUCGAUCCAGAGGCCAGCGUUGGCGACUCAUCUGCGUCAUCCGUUGGACCCGCGUCGCUGGUGUUGUCGGGACCGAGCGAUGCACGCACGUCCAUAUCGUCCGUCAGCGAGACGGUCGGCGCCUCCGCGAAACCAAACGCAAAGUCCAUCAAAGAGUACGUUCGCGAGGCGCACGGUCUCCCCGUCGAAGGGCUGUACCUGUACCUGCUGCCCAUCACGGCCAGCACCCUCACCAGCGGCGUCGACCUGGGCGCGAUCAGACAUCUGUCGCUGCUGAACGUCGGCCCCCAAGACGACAUCUGGGCGGCGAUGAACAAGCGACACGCACACACCCCGUACAGCCUCACCUCCAUCCACACCGACCAUGUGGUGCCGGCGUUUCUCGAGUUCGUCCACAACCUGCCGCGGCUCUGCGAGCUGUUCAUCCUCGAGCGCAGCCACCGCUCGACCCUCGUGAACACCGCCCGCACAACCGCCACCAUCGCCGACAUCCGCCGCUUCGUCCUCGACAAGCACACGCCCCAUCUGGAGCGCCUGGUCAUCCGCCACGACGACACCUCCGCCUGGGACCUCGACCCGUCCACCGCCACGCUGCUCACGACGGCGCCCAGACUAGCCGAGCUGGCCGUCAGCGUCAACUCCGACAGCUAUACUGCCGUGACCCACAACAUCCAGAACAUGACGUCGCUCAAGGCGCUGCAGUUCUUCUGGCACAACAAGAGCCACUCCACCGCCGCCUUGCGCAGGGAACUCGCCAUCCUCGCCGACCUGGUCAUCUGCCACCCCAGGCUGGCCAUCGAAUACGUCGGCAUGGGCUACAUCCGCGCCGGGCCCGUCACCAACUGCAUCGUCCACGUGCCGGCGCGCCUCGCUCAGCUUCGCGAUAUGAAGGACGGCUAUGUGUCCGACCCCGAGGUGAGCAGGCGCUCGGACCUCGGGGCAGGCUGGCAAGUCUUCUAUAAUGAGAGACCGCUGAUGACAGUGCCGGAUGAAGUCUUUGCGCGCAUCGGUGCGUCCGGGUUUGAUGUGGAAAAGAUUGUGGAGGAGAAUAUGUGGAAGCCCAUGACUUGCAACUUGGGGCUGUGA